GCGGGCCCGGGAGGAGAGGCGCGGAGGGGAGCGGAGCUAUGCUAAACCCGGGGUACCGCUGAGGCGGGGCGGGCCAGGCCAGAGGCGGGGGCUCUCCGGCGGCGGGCGCGCAGGGGCCCGGCUCCCGAGGCGGCGGCAGGCAGCAUCUCGGCGCGGGGAGCGGCUCCGCAGCCACCGGGCCAAUGAACAUGUCAGUGUUGACUUUGCAGGAAUACGAAUUCGAGAAGCAGUUCAACGAGCAUGCGGCCAUCCAGUGGAUGCAAGAGAACUGGAAGAAAUCAUUCCUCUUUUCAGCUCUGUACGCUGCCUUUAUAUUUGGUGGUCGGCACCUAAUGAACAAACGAGCAAAAUUUGAACUGAGGAAGCCGCUAGUGCUCUGGUCUUUGAGCCUCGCCGUCUUCAGUAUAUUCGGUGCUGUUCGAACUGGUGCUUAUAUGCUGUACAUUUUGAUGACCAAAGGCCUGAAACAGUCAGUGUGUGACCAGAGUUUUUACAUUGGACCUGUCAGCAAAUUCUGGGCAUAUGCAUUUGUGCUAAGCAAAGCACCCGAACUAGGUGAUACAAUAUUCAUUAUUCUUAGGAAGCAGAAGCUCAUCUUCUUACACUGGUACCAUCACAUUACUGUGUUACUUUACUCUUGGUACUCCUACAAGGACAUGGUGGCUGGCGGUGGCUGGUUCAUGACCAUGAACUAUGGAGUACACGCCGUCAUGUACUCGUACUAUGCCUUGCGAGCUGCUGGCUUCAGGGUCUCACGCAAGUUUGCCAUGUUCAUCACCUUGUCGCAGAUCACUCAGAUGUUGAUUGGUUGCGUGAUCAAUUACCUGGUCUUCUCCUGGAUGCAGCAGGGCCAGUGCCAUUCCCACGUGCAGAACAUCAUCUGGUCCUCUCUCAUGUACCUCAGCUACUUUGUGCUCUUCUGCCAUUUUUUCUUUGAGGCCUAUAUCGGCAAAACCAGAAAAGAAAGAAAGGUUGACUAGUGGUAGAAACAAGAAGCCAUAGCUCAGGGUCAUCAAGAAAAACAAAAUUAUAAGAAAAAAAGGCACAAGGAAACACAUAUAUGUAUGGUGCAGUUAAAACUUGGCAGCUUAGGGAAAGUUAGCGUGGUUUAACCCAGUAAGUUUAUGAUCCUAUCAUGGUGAGGACUCACUGAAUUCUACUCUAUCUCAAAGGACUGCUGGUGAAAGACAACUUCCUUCUUGUACCUGUCUGCUCUAGAAAAGAAGGAGAAAAGAAAGAAGAGGAAAAAAGGAAAGAAAAAAGGAAAGAAAAAACAGAAGAAAAGAGAAAUGGAAUAAUGUUAAGGGGAGAGAAAAAGUACAUUAAAUAAGCAGUGUGUUUCCCCAAGGUUCAGGAGAGACUUUUAUUUAAAAAAAAAAAAAAAAAAAAAAAAAAAAAAGGUUUCUAAAUCCUUCCUAAUAAUUUCUCUGCGUUAAACAAAAAAAAAGCAGAGGUGACAAAAAAAUCUGUCUAUAAUAACAACAAGAUUGCAGAAUUAAAAUCUUUUCCAUAGAAGGUUCAUACCUCUAGCCAAAAUGAAGCCCAAAAAGAUGUUUCCUGCAUGGAAACUGGCUGAACUCCACACUGUGGUUAUGAAUGGAAAAGAGAAGAGAUUGAUUUCUCUGCCAGGAGAGCAGAUCUGGGACACAGAGUGACCUCCCUCAGAAGGCGGAAAGGAGCAGUACUUUUACAAGAGUCUAAUGUGAAAAGAUGCACUGUUGCAAUACGUAUCUCAGAGAGUGCAUUUUCCAAGUGCAUUUUUCAGUUAAAGGCAAGGAAUUUCUGCAGCAGGAUAAGUCAUAGAGGGUUAAAUCAAUCAAUAUUUGCUAAAUUACCAGGGGCUAAUAGCAGAGGGAUGUUCAGGAAGGAGAGGGAGACAACUCCCCUCACGAGAUUUUUAGGAAUUAUCCAUUACUCUUAAUUUCGCCUGCAGCAACACUGAAUUAAAUGGGGGAAAUUGGAAGAAAUCGCAGUUAGCGAGAAGAGAGUGAUUUAUCUGCCCACUGUUUUCAGAACACAGCCCUGUGGUACAAUCGGGACUCUGUGUUUUUGCAGACACAACGAUGCCUGCCUGAGUUGGGAGAGGUGGCAGGAAUGCUCGACAUUGGGUAUCACUGUGCUUCUGCAUCUGCCUCCUGGGCAGUGCAAAGAUGUUCAAAGUGCCCUCCUCUGGUCAUGUGGAGAUACUACUACAAAACAUACUUGGAAUAGGUUUUUCUUGAGAUUUGUGUAGAAAAAAAUAGUCUAAAUGAAGUAAUUUUGCUGCAACAGCUUGACUCUAAAGUCCAGAGAGAAUUAAUCCUUCAUUAAAUAAAUAUAUAUCUCUGCAGAAUCUGUACUGUAACAUCAGACUGACCGCUUAAGAAGACACUCUUUCUUCUCUGAAGUCAGCUACAGAUAUAAGGAGAAAUGCAUUUCACUCUGAACCUUAGAGAGUUAGUUGAGAACAGCCAUAUUCUUUCAAAGACAAGUAGAUUGCAUUAUCUGUGGUAUUCCAGUCCUUACGAAGCCAAAUAAAAUGUGUAAAAGUUCCUAGUAUUUCAAAGACGCAAGUAUGUAAACUUGAUGUUAAAUGUGUUAAUGUAGUAUUCUAAAUUGUAACAGCUAGGUAGUUUAACUAAACAAUUAGAAGAACUAGAUCAACAAAAUAGGGACUGCUGUUCUGCAUAGAAUAUACACACACCUAUAACUACACCCAUAUACACAUUCUGUAAAUUGUCAACAAGAAAAAACAGCCCAGUGGCAGAGAAUCACAUUUCCUGGCUAAUGCAAAAGAUUGUCAUUAUCUUUCUUGCUUUAAUUUGAGAUUGUACAGUACAGAGGGGGUUUUUUAAUUAUGAUUUUUAGCUUUAAUUGUGCUGUCAUUCAUGAAACAGAGCUGCUUUAGUAUCCUGUUAAGAGAUGACAAGGGCUUUCGGUGUCUCAUUAUAUACAAAAGAAAAACAAAUAAAGUUGCAUUCCAUAUUAUGUGAAUGGUCUUACAAAUCAAAACGCCUUUUCAGGCUAAAAUCAUAAUUAUAACAAACAGAAAAUGAGUUUACAUUUGUGUUAUUUAAGUUAUUGAUGUGCUGACAUUAUUUUAUGGUACAAAACAUAGCAAAAUGUGAUAUGCAGUAAUGAAGCUAUGAUAUUCAUUAAUAGGACUACUGUAUACGUGAAAAUAUUAGACAAAACCAAUUAAAUGUGUAAACCAUUUUGUUAUACA